CCGGCGGCCGAUUGGUGGUUGCCAUAGCUCCCGGCGUUCGCUUGACAAGAUGGCGGCGGAGGGGCGACGGGGCCUUCUGCGCGGCAUCCCGGCGCUUCCCGGCUUCUGAGGCGGGCGCGGUUCGGCCUGGCGGGCCCGGCGAGGUCCCGGCCAUGGGCUUGCCCCCGCCGGCCCCUCUGCUCUUGGGGCUCCUCCUUCUGCUGGGCGUCCUGAGGCCGCUGUGGGGGGACCUGGCCUUCCUCCCUUCUUUCAUCCGCGCGUCCGGCCCCGUGGUCAGCGCGUCCCUGCUCGGAGGCACCGAGGACGUGGCCGUGUCCCUGUCCCUGCUGCAGGACCAGGCGGGAUCCUUGCCAGUUCCCACGUGUGACGUGCUGAUCAACGACACGGGAGACUGGAGUCUGACUGUGACCCCCAAUGUGAACGCGUGGGACGUGACGGUGAGGCUGAAGAGGGCCCUGCCACCCUGUUCCUCCAACGAGACCGGCUCCUUCCCGGAGGCCCCCUGCAUCGUCCAGACCCUCCUGGUGUCGGCGUCGCGCAACUCCGCCUGCCUCGCUCACCUGCUCAUUCGAGUGGAAAUCUACGCCAACUCUUCUCUGGCCCAGAGCGCAUCAGAGAACGUGACCGCCAUCCCCGACCAGGUGCACCGGCCUCUGGGCCCGUGCCCCUGCAACCUCACCGCCGGGGCCUGCGACGUGCGCUGCUGCUGCGACCAGGAAUGCUCCCCCGAUGUCACCCAGCUCUUCCGGGAGGCCUGUUUCGCCGGCGUGUUCGGAGGGGACGUCAGCCCGCCUUUCGAUCAGCUCUGUUCCGUGCGGAGGGCGCCCGGGGCCCCGGGCUGGUUCCCGUUCCUGUGCGUGCAGUCCCCGCCGGCCAACUCGCCCUUCCUCGGCUACUUCCACCACGGGGCGGUGUCCCCGAGGCAGCCCACCACCUUUGCUGCGUACCUGCACGCUGACCCGAAGGACAUGUCGGACUCGGGGUACAAACAGGGAGACCCCGUGAUGACUGCCGCGCAGGCCUACCUCACUGUCCCUCAGGUGACCCUGGCUGGGCAGUGUGUGCGGGACGCCCCGGUGGGAUUCCUGCAGAGUUUUGACGUUCGCUGCGUCACUGACCUCGACGCCUACCAGGAACCGGGCAGCGUCCUCGACGCCGGGAUAAAGGCCGGCACCGUGGGAGGCAUCGUCAUCCCGCACGUGACCUACGAGGAAGCAGCUGACCCGGGCCAGGUCGUCACCGGCACAGAAACACUUCUACCUCCCGGGUCAGCCCCCAGAAACGUGACCGUGGAAGGACAUUAUCUCUUCCGAUGGAAUAACCGUACGAUCAGCGAAAUACACGUCAGGGUUAUCAGGGCGACGCUCCAUGCCCACCAGAAAGGAAUCCUGACGCAGAGGUUCACAGUGAAGUUUUUAAGCUAUAACAGCGGCCACGAGGAGGAGAGGUCUGGAAACCCAGGUUACCAGCUGGGCAGGCCCGUGCGCGCCCUCCACGCCGGCAGGAGCGACCCCGCGGCGGCCCUGAGCCUCUGGCAGCCAGCCGGGAGGGGUCUGUGCGCAUCGGCGCCCCUCAGACCCGUCUUGUUUGGGGAAAACGCGCUCUCGGGGUGCCUCUUGGAGGUGGGCAUCGAGGAGAACUGCACUCGGCUCCGGAACAAGGCGGCGGAAAUCCUUGAUUCAUUAAUUCAUGCAACUCACGUGGCAGCGAGAGGCAACUCCGAUUACCGGAACCUCAGUGACGGCUGGCUGGACAUCGUCCCCGCCCCCGACCCAGGCGCAGGCCCGGCUGGCGGCAGCGGGAACGGCGCCUGCGCGGAGGUUCCUGCCCAGCUGCAUGUCCGCAUCCUCACCUGGGAGGCCGGCGCGGUGGAGGGGGUCCCCCAGCAGGAGAUCCUGGGCGCAGAGAAGAGGGUCUCCUCGGUGACCUGGCGGCCCCAGUGCGGGCUGACGUGCGAGCAGGCCGGCCUCUUCGCCCUCAGCGCCUCCGUCCAGUUCAUUCAGGUCCCUGCCCAGCCACCCCGGCCCCUGACCAGAUUCCAGGUCAACUUCACGGAGUAUGACUGUGACAGGAACGACGUGUGCUGGCCGCAGCUCCUGUACCCCUGGACCCGGCAUUACCGAGGGGAGCCUUACGCCCGGUGUGUGGCCACGGGCUUGCUGCUGGCCUUCCUCUCCGCCGUGGCCGCGUUCCUCAGCGACCCCUGGGCCAGAGGACGCAGGGCCUGAGCUUCCGCACGCCGGGCCUCCCAGACCACAGACGUCCCCCCGGCGGUCGGUUGCACUCCGCGUUCAGCUCUAAGAAGGGGAGGCUUUUGUUUUGCGGGAAACGCCUGCCCAGCGCCCGGUGGGUUUCACUCCCCUGCGGGCUCCCCAGACGGCGUCUCGCUGCCGGACCAGACGGAGCAACGUGCACGGGUCCGGGCUGCCUCCCGGUUCUCAGGGGCGUUAGCUUAUCCCAUGUUACUCAGGUCAUAGGAGCUUUGGUCCACAUGUGUUAUUUGUACCUUAGAGAGUCAAUUAUUUCUUCAACUUUUUAUAUACAGUGUCCCAAAAAAUGUGUGCACACUUUAACAGCUGACAGCUCAAUUCUGAAAAUGAAAUGUACUUUAAUAAACACUGCCUUUA